CGCGGAGGCCUGGGGCUGGGAUGUGAAGCUGGGGUGAGCUCCGCGGCGGCAGCUCCGAGCCGCGGCGACAGAGGCGAGGGCGGGUGGGCAAGGCCAGCAGGCGCCGUCGGCUGCCGGCCGUGUUGGCCGCGGGAUGAGGAAGCGGACCGAGCCCGUCGCUUUGGAGCAUGAGCGCUGCGCCGCCUCGGGCUCGUCCUCCUCCGGCUCGGCCGCCGCGGCGCUGGACGCCGACUGCCGCCUGAAGCAGAAUCUGCGCCUGGCGGGCAAGGGACCGGCGGAGCCGCGCUGCGCCGCCGACGCGGGCAUGAAGCGGGCGCUGGGCAGGCGAAAGGGCCUGUGGUUCCGACUGAGGAAGAUACUUCUUUUUGUUUUGGGGUUGUACAUUGCCAUUCCAUUUCUCAUCAAACUAUGUCCUGGGAUACAGGCCAAACUGAUUUUCUUGAAUUUUGUGAGGGUUCCCUAUUUCAUCGACUUGAAAAAACCGCAGGAUCAAGGUUUGAAUCACACCUGUAACUACUACCUCCAGCCAGAGGAAGACGUAACCAUUGGAGUCUGGCAUACAGUCCCCACUGUCUGGUGGAAGAAUGCCCAAGGGAAGGACCAGAUGUGGUACGAGGAUGCCUUGGCUUCCAGCCACCCUAUCAUCCUGUACCUGCAUGGGAACGCAGGCACCAGAGGAGGCGACCACCGGGUGGAGCUUUACAAGGUGCUGAGCGCCCUUGGUUACCAUGUGGUCACCUUUGACUAUAGAGGUUGGGGCGACUCAAUAGGAACACCAUCAGAGCGGGGCAUGACAUAUGAUGCACUCCAUGUUUUUGAUUGGAUCAAAGCAAGAAGUGGAGACAAUCCUGUAUAUAUUUGGGGCCAUUCCCUCGGCACUGGAGUAGCAACAAAUCUGGUGCGGCGCCUCUGUGAGAGAGAGACACCUCCAGAUGCCCUUAUAUUAGAAUCACCAUUCACUAAUAUCCGUGAAGAAGCUAAGAGUCAUCCAUUCUCAGUGAUAUAUAGGUACUUCCCUGGGUUUGACUGGUUCUUCCUGGACCCCAUUACAAGCAGUGGAAUUAAAUUUGCAAAUGAUGAAAAUGUGAAGCACAUCUCCUGCUCCCUGCUCAUCCUGCACGCUGAGGACGACCCUGUUGUGCCCUUUCAGCUCGGCAGAAAGCUCUACAAUAUUGCUGCACCAUCUCGAAGCUUUCGAGACUUCAAAGUUCAGUUUAUCCCCUUUCACUCAGACCUUGGCUACAGGCACAAGUACAUCUACAAGAGCCCUGAGCUUCCACGGAUACUGAGGGAAUUCCUGGGGAAGUCGGAACCUGAGCGCCAGCACUGAGUCUUGCUGCCUGAAAGAGCAUGAAGACCUCUGCCCUUCAUCCCUCAUCUCUGGCCAGCCCAGCACCCCGGAGCCUGGAGGGGGCCACUGCAAUGCCCCUGGAGAGUGGCCUGGAUACCAGUCAGGGCAGAUGGAGGAGGCCCCAGCAGACCUGUGGCACCACAGUGCCUGGGAGCAUGGAUCUUUGUGGAAAACUUGGGUGUCGGACGUAUGGCCCUCUCUCCCUUUUGCUGCCAUUCAACCUGAGCUCUUGUUGGGAAGACUUAGUAACAGAUCAGGCUGGCCACGAGCUGGUCAAUCCUGUACUUCCUGAACUGAGCAUGGAGCGCCCAGAGCAGGAGGCCUUGGGUCUCAGGACAACGUGAGCUUUCUGGCACAACCUGUGAGAAUGUGGGAAGAUCUGGUUUCUUUCUGUCUCUUCCUGACACCCACAGAAUGGACUCUAGUGGUUUGAUCGUCCUCCUCCCACCUGAAGCACCUGCUUACCCUUCCUGGCCAUCCUGCCUCCCUGCACAGCCCUGCUUGCUCACAGCAGGGAGACGCCCAGAGUCUGCACUUCCUCUGCAUCUCACCCAUCUGCCUAACCUGGCCUUAGACUGAGCAUUUAUUUAAGAAUAAAAUCCUGGUGGUGGUCUGUGUUGUUUACUCAGUCA